UUCUACUAUAGAAACUAUCACGCUGGACGCUAUGUUUGCGAAAGUGAAUCCGUAUGAUGAGAUCGUCACACGGACGACCGACGAGACGCUUACAGGCGAAGAUUGGAACCUCAUUUUGACAUUAUGUGACAAAGUCACUGACGAAGGAGAGCAGGGUGCUCAGAACGUGAUUGCUGCCCUCCUCAAACGCCUUGCACACCGAAAUGCCAACGUACAACUCUAUUCGCUGUCUCUAGCCGACUCGCUCGUUAAGAACUGCAAAGUUGACUUGAGGCGAGAGAUAGCGAGCAAGGCGUUUAUGGCGGGAAUGGAAAGAUUAAUCAUGGAUAGGACCACGCACGACAAAGUCCGGAAGAAGGCGCUCUUCUAUAUAAGGGAAUGGCUGGAAACAUACGAGAACACGGGAGAGAAUUCUGCGAUGAUUGAUGAAACCUAUGCUAGGCUGCGAGAUAAGGGGUAUCACUUCGAGGCCCCAGACGAGCCGGCUCCGCCUGAGGUAUCCGACGAAGCUCGACGAAGGGAAGAAGAGGAACUCCAGCGUGUCCUACGCUUAUCAAUGGCAGACACUGGUGGACGAGGCGCAUAUCACAGCUCCUUUGAAGGCGGGUCCUCGUCAGGUGCUGGAGGAAGCGGCUCAUAUGGUGAGCCCGAACUCCCCAUUACAAAAGCGCAGACAACGCGGAUGUCGUCCUACGCCGCGACCACCUCUGCAGGCCCAACCAGCCCUGUUCGCAAGCAAACUGAGCAUCAGGGCUUGAAUGGGCGCCCUGCUUCUAGCUAUCUGCCGACCGUUUCCCAGGCGGCUAUUGCAGAGGAAACUGCUGCUGCCGUGCGCCCGGCCCCCGCACCAGCCAUAGCACCAGUGCCUGUGUCCACUUCUCCUCCAACUGAACCGACAAUCUCUCGGGUGCGCGCGUUGCACACUUUCGAAGCGACACAACGGGGUGAGUUGGCAUUCGAGAAGGGCGAUAUUAUCAAGGUCGUCGACCGGGCGUUCAAGGACUGGUGGCGCGGACAGCUUAGGGGUAAAACCGGAAUCUUCCCUGUCAACUACAUCGAGGUCCUCCCAGAUCCUACCCCGCUGGAAAUCCAGAAAGAAGCGGAAAUGGAGUCUCAAGUCUUCGCCCAAGCUGCCAAUAUUGACCGAUUGCUCACUAUGCUGCGUGGCCUGGAUCCGGCAAGGGACAACCUCGCGGACAAUGAUGAGAUUCAGGAGCUGUACCGCCAAUCGUUGUCCCUGCGACCGAAGAUCGUCAAGCUCAUCGAUAAGUACAGCCAGAAGCGGGCUGAUUUAAUGGGCAUGAAUGAAAGCUUCUUGAAGGCUCGCAAGAUGUUUGAUAGGAUGAUGGAAGAGAGUCUAGCUGUUCACAACCCGGGAGUCUCACUGCUGGACUACAAUCGCGCGCAAGCAGCCCAGACAGCAUAUGACCCCCGUGCCUCUGGCUAUGGCGGGUAUGGACAACAAGGAUACCCUGGGUACGAGCAGGGCGGAUAUCCGCAGGACCAGUAUGCGCAGCAGCAGCAAUAUGCUCAGCCUGGUUACAAAGGACAGCAAGGCUAUGACCAGAAUGUGUAUGGGCAACAGCAGCCCCAGCAGCAGGGUUACGAGCAAUAUGGUCAGCAGCAGGCCGGGUACCAAUAUCAGCCCCAACAGGGCCAGGGAGGACAGUACGAUCAGCAGAAUGCAGCACAGUACGAGCAGCCGCAGCCGGGCCAGUACGAUCAGCAGCAGGGAGGAGCAGGACAAUACGACCCCUCUCAAGGAUACAACCAAACCUACGCGCAGCAGGGCGCGCAGUAUUCCGAUCAGGCGGCUGCACAGGCCUAUCAGGACGAGAACGCCCGUGCUUGGGCGGAAUAUUAUACUUCACAGGGACUGGCACCGGAUGGGAAGACCCCACUGGCGCAAUGGCAGCAACAACAGGGUAGUCAACAGGCUCAGGCUCAGGCAGCUCCGGUGCCCCAGGAGACGACUCAGUAUGCACCAGUGCAGCAGGCUCCUGCUCCGACGGGGUAUCCCGCCCAGCCAGGCCAACCAGCCUCAACAUCUCCUACCACCCGCCCUGUCGCAGACGCGUACGCCGCCCCUGCCUCUGCUCACCCUGGCGCACCAGGUGCACAGCAGCAGUAUGCUUAUGACCCCCAAGCACCGGCUCAGCAGUACGGGUAUGACCAAUCACAGCAACCUCCCGCUCCCGCCCCAGCUCAGGCCCAGGCAUACCCCGUCCCUGGUCCCCAGCCAGGCGGGCCUCAGCGCUCCGGUUCGCUGUCUUACGUCGCUCAACCCCAGCCCGCCCCUCAAGGAGCGCAAUCGCCGCCUCUCCAGGCGCAGGCGGGAUACCCCGCGCCGUCGGCCCAGCCAGAGCAAGGGUACCCCGGCAGCCCGGCGCCGGCUCAAGAUCCUUAUGCUCAGCAGUACGUUUCUCUACACCAAGGAUUUGCGCAAAUGUCGGUCGGGGACGCACACCAACAGCAGCCAGGCGCGCCACAGCCGCCUGCGUAG